CUUCGAAAUGGGCUCGACUCCUUAGCCUUGAUUUCUUCAAUUGUCCCUCCGCAUAUCAACUUUUUAUAAAGAAAAGCCUGUUCGCGAUGACAUUUGGAGGUGAAUUGGCAGAUGAGGUCAGCCAGUUGAUUUCAAUACUGGUUCCUGUGCAGGCUGACUGGCUUGCAAGUUUCAGUUCCUGUGCAGUACAGUAAAGUUACAAUCUUUGUCAGAGGAUUGCAAUGAAACCAGCUCAGGAACGCAACCAGGAGUGCCUGCCUCCUAAGAAGAGGGACCUCCUAGUUUGUAACAGCAGUGGAGGUGGAGGGACAGGAGGAGUUGGGGCUGCAGGAGUAGGUGGUGGCAGUGGAGGUGGCAGUAGUGCUGUUUGUGGUAUUGGAGAAGAUGAAGUGGUUUCCAUCCAGAACUCUUCAGCCAACAGUGACACUCAGGGAGGAACCCCAUCAGGAGAGUGGCUGCGAGCUCAGCCAGGGCUUCAUUAUGGAGUGGAUAAUUCUGAUGGCAUACCAGCAGUGCCAGUUGACCAGUACAGUAUGCUCUACAAAGUGGCUCUUCCAUCUGUUACCUACUCGCCUACCAGUCUUCAUCCAGUGCUAAGUCACAUCUCUCCAGCCUACACCGUACACUCUCCUCUCUUGCAGCAUCCAGGCCUUUCCUAUCCUCCCCUUGGUUAUGCCCAGAUCCCUCAUUCCUCUCUCCAGUUUGUAAAUUCCCCUUAUGCAGCGGUACCUUACACUCUACCCCCUGGCUUUGUCCCGGGAUCAUUAAUCUCUCCCUCAGGAACCAUUCCUCAGUCCCAUGCUGUGUCCCACCUUGUUCCUUAUCCAUCUGUCCUACAGGAAGGUGUUGUUUCCCCACCUCCUCAGGCCCAGGUAGCUGCUCAUACCUUUGCCAAGGUUGCAGAGCAAGCUGCCCAGCAGCACCUUGGUACUCUAGGAGUUUUGCCCGCAACAGAGCUCGGCUCUCGAGGGUUGCCAGUCUAUUAUCACCCUCAGGGUGCCAGGGCUGCUGGCAGAGACCCCCACAGUGCCCAGCAGGAGAAUGAACCAGAGCAGAAUGGAGGCGAUAAAGAGCAGGGAGCUAGGGAGGUUGUACUCGACUCGGCCUACAUUGCCAGAAAUGCACGUUUGCUGCAGGUAGCAACCAACUCUGCAGCCCAGGAGUAUUGCCAGGACAGAGGCCUGCUGAACCGAAGGCUGGAAGAGAGGAGCUCACCUGGCCAGCGCAGCACUCCAGACAGUGACCUGGAGGUGCAGCAGGUGGUUGGUCGUUUGGCUUUCUCCAGUCAGGUGCGGAAAGAGGUCUCCUUUGCUCCCUUAAACCUCUCUCAGGCUGCCCAGAGAAACCGAGAUGUCCAUGGAGAGAGCACAGGUGUAAUUUCCAGCCGGACUGCGUACGCUCAGACUGCGAGUUACAGUGAUCCCAGAAUGACUUGUCUCCAGCAGCAAGCAGGACAACCAGGCCAUGCUGUCGUUCUUGCUAACGGACAACCAGUUCUUAUUCCCUUGGAGUAUCACCUGCAGCAUCAGCAUCAACUCUCGCAGCAUCACUACCCAGGACAGGCUAAUGAUAUCUCAGCCAGCCAUGCCUCUACCACCAUGUCCUCCCCUAUCCCAAGCUUUAAAGCCACAGAUUCUUCAGCCAGAGUGUGCCUCCUUGAAAGGGUGGAGCCGACCACAGCUCAGCAGCAACUCCCCCAGCAGCCUCCUGUCCAGUUUACAGCAGAUGUGACUCAGGCCUUAGCUUCAAGCCUCACCCCUGCCCCGGCUCCCAGCAACCCGUCACACUUCACAAAGGGAGCCAUUAUUCAGCUGGCUACUGGGGAACUGAAGCGUGUGGAAGACCUGCAGACUCAGGACUUUGUGCGAAGCGCCGAGGUGAGUGGGGGGCUUAAGAUUGACUCCAGCAUGGUUGUGGACAUCCGUGCCAGCCAGCAGAGACAAGGUCUUGUCUCGCUUCACUUUACAGUUGGGGAGCAGCAGAGCAAAGUGACCAUCGAUGUGCCCCCCGAGCACCCCUUUUUUGUGUUUGGGCAGGGCUGGUCGUCCUGUAGCCCGGAGCGCACAGCCCAGCUCUACGACUUGGCCUGCCAUCAUCUGCAAAUAGGAGACGUGUGUGUGUCCAUCACCCUGCAGCAGCAGCUUCAGCCACAGCAGCAGAAACAACAACAGCACCAUAAUUCGCAGCAGCAGCAGCAACAACAACAACAACAACAACAACAACAACAGCAGCAGCAGCAGCAGCAACAGCAGCAGCAGCAGCAGCAGCAGAACUUGUCCAGGACUUUGAGCAAAACCAACGCUACAUCAGGACCUGGUCACCAGCUCAUGGGGCCUCCUGCCCCUCAGCAGUCACGGCCUCCCUCUCAUUUCAGGCUAGACCGUAUCCACAGAGAAAGACAGAGGGAUGGUGAAAAAGAUGCGGUCGAUAAGGAUGAAGCCACACAUUUUGGGGUUAUCAGCCACUCUGAGUCGGCCAUCAGAGCGAGUAGGACCUCAGCAGAGCAUCCAAGGAGCCAGAGCAGUUACCACUUGCACACAGAGGGCUCUGCUUUUGCAGGAGCAGGGAUGGGAGCAAUGCAGGCUGCACUAGGUGCUUCUCAGAGACGCUGGUCCUCACCUGGCCUCCAAAGAUAUAGCAUGAAGGGAGACGAAGGGCCACGCCCUCAAAUAAGCACCUCUGGCCACACGAGGCCCUCUUUCAUCCCCCAGGAGGUCAAACUGUCCAUUGAGGGGCGCUCUAAUGCAGGCAAGUAGCAUCACAUUUGGUAGCCAGUAUAGAAGAGACUGCUACGAGUAAGAAUGUGUCAGACAAGGAGAGAAAGAGGAAAAAAGAGUGCGAAUGUAGCCUCAGAUUGUUUGAGAUUUUGCACACCUAGAAUAUACAAAAAUACAAGAUCUUUGUCUAUCUGGUGAGAAGUUCUGGUUCGGUUCGGUUGUCAUUCAGCCAAAGGAUCUGAGCCUGUGGUUUCCCAGCCAGCUGAGGUCUGACGGGGACAUGACAAGCUGAGUAGAAAGUAUGUAGCGGAUGAAAUGCCUACCAUAGUCCUUGCACACUGCAUUUCUCUUCCUCCCUCCCUCCUUAGUCGCCACUUCCUCAUACCCAUGCUUGGAGGUUACCAUCGCAUUCAGAACACUCUUGCUUCCUUUUUGACCAAACAGUCUCUCUGGAAGACUUAAGGACUACGAAGAAUGUGUUUGUAGCACAGUGAAGCUACCAACUCGGCAGGUUCUGAUGUAUUUAAAAGAUCCCAGCCAGCGAUCUUUCAUCUCCUCCAUUCCUGAGAUCCUGUUUCAUCCUUCAAAAGCAUUUACCCAAAAAAGAGUGCAGUUGCUGACAUCAGCAGCUCCUGCGGUGAUGUUGGCACUGUUGACGCUAACUGUCAGUAUAUGUUACAUUAUGCUUCUCUGGCAGGAGUCUAAAAACCUCUGCUGUCCGCAGAGUUAGUCUCUCCCCGCCUUCCUUUUGAGGAGGCUGGUCUGCAAAGAAUGAGAUCCUCUCUCAGGCGAAGUGUGGCACGUCCCACUUGUCUUACAAUCGAAAAAGUGAUAAAUCAAUCAGUGUGUCUGUUCAGCAAUCAGUUUCCACAAAAAAAAAAAUCUUCUCAUGCCCUCUAGUUUAGGCUGAGGGCCCUAAUGUGUGUGAAUGUGUUUGCAUAAAAGCCACAGAUGCUUUGUUCCCUAUGAUAACUAGAGAUAUCGUGCAUUCCAGUAUCAUCAGUGAGAAUAUCUUACACUUAGUGUUUAACUUUUUCUCCUUUAGAAGAAUCUCUUCCCAUCCUGAGCGACACCCUCCCUCCUCCUCACUAUACCUCAAAGCUUUCCCGACCAGACUGGUGACUUAUAAUGCGAUUGUAAACGGCGUAAUUACCGGAGGAGGCACUGGCUGGUCAUCACCAAAGCCACCUGUGGGAAUGAGACGUUACUCUGUCACAUCACUGGCUGCAGGCCACUUAAGGGUGGAAGGGCCUUGUAAGAAACCCUGCAUGCGAGUGAAUCAGUGGCGAGGAGUUCUAGUUGUUCUUUGCUCAGUUACCAAAUUAAAGCAAUAGUUGUUUUUACCGCACGCAUCUGUAAUGCUCUCCCCCAGGAGUCUCCCGUCGUGGGAUGUUUUAUAUCCGAGGUGGGAGAUCUGAGCCUAUUUUAACCCCCGACCUUUAAAGGUGAUGCACUAUUUUGGUGUUCAUUUGAAUUGAUUCUUCAGUAUUUCUACACAAGCAAUUAUGCAUGACAAAUUUCUCAAGAAAUCAUUGUAGAUGAAACUGCUUCUCUUUGAUUCUCCAUCUCACUGAUGAUAUUUUAUCUUUUUACUCAAGUGCAUCUCCAAGAAAGGCUUGACUCUAAUUAAGUUGUGAUCAUUAUCAAGUUAUCUUCUGUUCUGUCUUCUUUGUUUUAACGUAUACGGUCCUUUUGCUUUUGUACUAGGAUAUCUUUUAUCCAGUGGGUCUUAUGAUUGUCUUGUGUUGCACAUAGAAGAUGUCACUCAUUAAUUUCACACUGUCCUUGUUAUUAGGAAUCGCAGUACAGUAGAUGUUUUUCUUUAAUGAAGGGAAUAUGUUUGAAGUAUUGUUGUUGGUGUUUUGUGGUGAGAUUAAGAGAGAAAAAAAUCUGACUCGCAUUUUUAACUCUGUUUACAAAUUACCCAAGAUGAAUGCUGCAGUUUCCUCCUCCUGACAGAUUUUUAUCCUUGUCACUGGAACAAAAAAAAAAUCCAAAUGGGUGAUAUUAAAAAAAUAAGUGCAAUUAGACCACACAUAAAGUCAUUCAGAGGUUUAUAAUCAGACGGCAUUCCUCAAGCAGACAUUCCCAUUGCAAAGUGUAAAUCGCACAGCACCAUUGUCAUAGAUCUUUGGACUUACCUCUGGCAAAACAUUUGAUCACUUCUAAGUAUUACAUGUUAUAUUUCCUUUCAUUGAAUGUGUUCAGACCGGAGGAUCAGUUGGUCGCAUGGUUGUCAAUUUGGUGUCUGACUGGUGUGCUGGUGCCGUCCAUCAGUCCAUCCCAGACAUUGUUGUGUGUCCGUGUGUCCUCGUCAACUCUUUUAGGAUCUCAGCAGGUAGAGGGGCAAUGAGAGACAGAGUGACCUGAACUGGGACUCUUGUGCGCUGGCUCUGUCCUUUGGGCUUUUUUUUUUUUUUUUUUUUAAAGGAUAGGUUCACAUUUUUUAUCAAGUCUGUCUUUAAAAAGACUCUCACUUGCCAGGUGUCAGGUGGCUCAGAAAUCUACUUGUCCAAAGACCGUUUUUACUUUGCCCUAUACAAAUAGUUUUGUUUAUUAGCAGUUAUCAAAUAACAACAAAGACUGAAGUUAAUUGUUGUGUUUAAUCUUCAUUUAAUUUAAUUAAUUUGGAGGUUUCGCUCACAUUCUUUAACGCCACCCAGCUAAACUCCUGUUUUCAUGAUAAUUUAAACGCUCACUUGCGCUUCAGCUCACAAGGUUUCUUUAAACGCUGCCAUAUUCUCACGACUUCCUGAUCUGUACUGUGCACGUGCAACUCACAACAGAGAUGGGAAGUAAGCGAGAUGGCUCACUCUUUAGCGAGUUGGUAGAUUUACUGACGUGGCAUUUUACUUGCACAGGGUAAGCAGACAAUCCUUAAUGUUGAGCCCUGAUAAGGUCUGUGUAUUGGCAAGAAUCUGGCGAUACGAUGUGUCUCAUGAUACAGGUGUUAUGCUUUAAAAGUCAUGCCUGAAACUUCCUAUUAAAGGAGGAGACGGUCUGAAUUAAAGCAGUUUCAAGUAAGUUAUACAUUCAAACUUCUGGACAGACGGCAAAACAAAAGCGUUACUCAAUAUCAAGGCCAUAUUGCGAUUCUUUAAAAUGUAUUUUAGGAAAACUGUCAUAUUGUAAAGAAGACAUUACCAUAUGCAUAAAAUCGGAGUAAAAAAUGUCAACUUUUGUUAUGCAUUCAUCACAGUCCCCGUAACAUUAAUGCACUACUUCUUUGUGCAAUCUGAGCCACUGUCUGCGUCAAAUCUUUGCAUGUAAACUAUUAAUUAAUAAUAGUAUCUCAAAACAUAAUAUCGCAAUACUCAAGUGUAUGGAUAUUUUCUUACACCACUACUGUAUUAGGAUAGACUUGGAAAAAAGUGACCCUAUUCUUUUAAAAUGCUUUGAAAUGAAAGAUUCUGAAAAACAUUUCACUCAAGUCAAGAACAUCUUACCAUCAGAAGCUCAUCACAUCGAGCCAUUUUCAUGCUGUAAGCAAUAUACACAAUACCUGAAAACGUUUCAUGUAGUGUUGGCAUGUUCUAUGCAGUAAACUCAGUAUUGUACCGUUCAUUGUCUUAAGUACAGCUCUGUGAAGCAGCAGGUUGUGCUGAUGCAGUCAUUUUAUGCUCAUGUCUGGUUAUAGGAUUUAUUUUUGCUUUAAAUUACACUUUAUAGGAAUACAAACCAGUAUUUUUGCUUUGCUACUUUCAAUUUUUUUGCCAUCUUGCUACGUAUAUCACACUGCUGACUCAGAUCAGAAAGCUUUUACUGUCUCGUGACACUCUCCAGACAAGUGUCACUCAAAUGUUCCCGUGUUUGUCCAGCUUUAUUUUGGCCCGAUUGCCAAGCCACUUCGACGUUGUAUUUUAGGUCAAGAUGCUUUUGAUGGGGUUUAAAUGGUGUAAGCAAUGCCACCUGUGACUUUACCUCCUGUUGAUCCUCACAGCAAGACCACCCCGUGCUGCCAUGAGCUUUGUUUUUGUUUUUGCCCUCUGCUUUGAGCGGUGUGUGCCAUGUUAAGCAGGAAAGCUCGACUUCUUCUACCAAGAUGUCCGAUGAAUCUUAUUCACAUCACUGAUAGUCUGUUGCUGUAAGUAAUUGCACUAAAUGCCCUCCUUUUACAGUGUUUUGAACUUAAAACUGUUGGUAAAUUGAAGAGUUUCAAAAUGUAAAGCACACAGAAUCAUGGAGAAAUCGCAGGUUGUGUGUUUCUGUAGAUAGCUGUUUUUGUUUUGUUUUUUUGUAUAGAUAGCUUUUGAUGAUGCUUGUCGAUAAAUGCCUUAAAUUCUGCUUUGUACAAUGUGUGAAAUUGAAAUAAUGGAAUAAGGCUUCUGGUAGACUUGGUGUUUCAUUUUCAGACUGUGCAAGAGCAAAUCAGAAAUGUUGAGCUUUGACUGUUUUGUCAGGCUUAUGAGCAGAAAUUCAUAUUUCUCAAAGGGAUGACGGUGAAUUCUCUUUGGGCCCCAGGCAGUUCAACUUAAAACUGCAACUUUGUGUUUGUGUGCUGUUGUUUUUUUAAAUACCCCCACAUCCCCCCCCCCCCCCCCCCCCCCAUUAACUAUUCCGUUACAUUUUUAAUUCACUCUUUUACGCUAAUACUUGCCUUUAAUUCCUGUUUUUAAAUGUGUGAAAGUGAAGUAAAGGGAAGCUCUUCUCUGCACUUUUUACAAGGCGACGCCAACAGUGUCAGCAACGGAGGGCAAUCCAUUAAUUCCACACACACACACACACACACGCCUUCAUUGUUUUUAUUGUUGCACAAGAUCAGUAGUUUUUUCUCCCUAGAAUUAAUGGAUUGUGUUUUGUGUCUUGUGCUGUGUCCCAGUCUCUGGACAACAGAAUCUAGGUUUGAAUAAAUGGAGACAGACAGGCUGCAUUAAUCAGAUGGCUUUCCAUUGGUGGUGAUGUAAUGCUUUAUUAUGUUUUGUGACGUUGGCAGUGGGGGAUCUUACUCCUUGUAUGAACUACUUCCUGUUUGAUCCCGUAUUAAACUGCAAAAGUGAAUUUAGGAUGAUUUUGGUGUUGCUGAUGUCCGAUUAAAUCAGGAAAAAGAAGAACUGUUAAACGUUUUAAAGAAGUCUUGUGUAUUUUCAGAUUCAACAUUGUACUUUUUUCUGGCACAAGGUGACACUGCUUUUUAUGUGACGUGCAACUAUCAAAAAACAAACAGCAUUUCAUUUUUUUUUUAAUGCCUAAAUCUGCAAAAUAUAUGCAAUGAUGUAAAUGUAACAUUCAAUCCUCAAGUAUAAUCCAGGUAUGAACUUUGUAUAGUGAGUUUUAAUAUCGUAUGGCCGUACCAAUAUGUAUUGAUCUUUAUCAGAAGCCUUAGAGUUGUCGACCGAAAGUGCUCCCUUAGAAUACCCUACACCUACCUGACUUUAACAAAGCAUUAAUAUCUCUAUUUUGUUGCAUUUUUUUUGUACUGUUUUUGAAUAAAAUAGAUUUGUACUGUAUAUUUGUACCUCUCUGUGAACUACUUAGGGCGGUUUUUUUGUUUUUGUUUUGCUGUUUUAAUUCUAUGUACUUUAAGGACACAAAGAUAUUGUAUUUUUAUUGUUACAGCUAACUUGGAGACAUUGCAUUUAUCAUGUUUGUUAAGUAAACACAAUAUAAUAUAUAUAUAUAUAUACAAAUAUAAACUAUUAUCCAACUUG